CACUGCAUGCUUUUCCCAUAAGGCCCAUAAUAUUUGGUCGCACUGCCUUAACUCGAAGUAUUAAAAUUUAUAAAUUUAUCAACAGCCACAACUUUUCAACUCGGCAAAUUUCACCUUGGCGAAGGCGGGCGGCCCAAACAAUUCCACGCCACACACGGGCAACGCGUCGCGGUAACAUAAAUCCCCAAAAAAUCAGAAAAAUAAGAAAAGGAAAAAUAAAGAUACAUAUACUGAAAACAAGUACAAGUGUUGAAGAAGUGUUGGAAGUGUUGUUGUUUUGUUUGCUGUGCUGUGAAUCGGGAAUGUGAAAAGAAAAAAAAAAGUUUUAAGGGAACACAAAUCGAUUAAAUCAAACAUGCAGCUAUUUCAAAGGAACAGCUGAACACCACUUUAAUCGUUGGUGUGUGUUCUUCGUGUGUGUUUGGUGUUGGUGUGGCUGUUGUUGUUGUUGGUUAAUACAAACAACAAGAAGAGUAAGCAGAACGGGACGCUGACGCUGGGUGUCGGUGUGACAGCGACGCUGCAAGCGACGGCUCUGCCGCGGAGAAAAUGUUUUCCGGACCCGGUAGCCAUGCCAUUAGCUAUAGCGGUGGGAUCAGCAUUGGUGGAGGAGGCGGUGGCCUGCAUCAGGACUGCGAUGGCUACGACUUCACGAAGAACGAGAACGCCGCGCGUUGGCGUGGCCUGUUCAUACCCUCAUUGAGAAAGGUGCUGGAGCAGGUGCACCCACGGGUGACUGCCAAAGAAGAUGCCCUGCUCUAUGUGGAGAAGCUGUGCCUGCGACUGCUGGCCCUACUCUGUGCCAAGCCGCUGCCCCACUCGGUCCAAGAUGUCGAGGAGAAGGUGAACAAAUCUUUUCCCACGCCCAUCGACCAGUGGGCCCUCAAGGAGGCCAACGAGGCGAUCAACUCGAAGAAAAAGAAAUCCGUUCUGCCCACAGAGCGGGUGCACACCCUCCUCCAAAAGGAUGUGCUGCAGUACAAGAUCGACAGCUCGGUGUCCGCCUUCCUGGUGGCUGUCCUCGAGUAUAUCUCUGCGGAUAUACUCAAAAUGGCCGGCGAUUAUGUGUGCAAAAUUUCACACUGCGAGAUCACCAAAGAGGACAUCGAGGUGGUCAUGAACGCUGAUCGUGUCCUCAUGGAUAUGUUGAAUCAGAGUGAUAUUAAAACCAGUCCGCUGUCACUGCCCGCCCAGAGGGCUAGCGCGACCUACGAGGAGACGGUCAAGGAGUUGAUCCACGACGAGAAGCAAUACCAGCGAGAUCUCCACAUGAUCAUACGCGUCUUUCGCGAGGAGCUGGUGAAGAUUGUCUCGGAUCCGAAGGAACUCGAGCCAAUAUUCUCCAACAUAAUGGACAUCUACGAGGUGACGGUGACCCUGCUCGGCUCUCUCGAAGAUGUCAUUGAGAUGUCGCAGGAGCAGAAUGCGCCCUGGGUGGGCAGCUGCUUCGAGGAGCUGGCCGAGGCCGAGGAGUUCGAUGUGUACAAAAAGUAUGCACACGAUGUCACCUCCCAAGCAUCACGGGAUGCGCUUACAAAUCUCUUAUCCAAGCCAGGGGCCUCAUCCUUGAUGUCUGCUGGUCACGGCUUCCGGGAUGCCGUCAAGUAUUAUCUGCCCAAGCUGCUGCUGGUGCCCAUUUGCCAUGCUUUUGUGUACUUUGACUACAUCAAACAUCUGAUGGAUCUCAGCUCCUCGCAGGAUGACAUCGAGAGCUUCGAGCAAGUGCAGGGUCUUCUCCAUCCGCUCCACUGCGAUCUCGAAAAGGUCAUGGCCAGCGUAUCCAAGGAGCGCCAGGUGCCAGUCAGUGGGCGGGUGCGUCGCCAAUUGGCCAUCGAACGGACACGAGAGCUUCAGGUGAAGGUGGAGCAUUGGGAUGACAAGGAUGUGGGCCAGAAUUGCAAUGAGUUUAUACGCGAGGACUCGCUCAGCAAGCUGGCAUCGGGCAAACGCAUUUGGAGCGAGCGUAAGGUAUUUCUCUUCGAUGGCUUAAUGGUUCUGUGCAAGGCGAACACCAAAAAGCAAACGCCAUCGGCAGGUGCCACAGCCUACGAUUACCGACUGAAGGAGAAGUUCUUUAUGCGACGCGUGGAGAUCAUUGACAAGGUGGACAGCGAGGAGCUGAAGAACAGCUUUGAGCUUGUCACCAGAAUGCAGCCGGCCAUUGUGCUGACGGCCAAGAAUGCACAGCACAAGCACGACUGGAUGGCAGAUCUACUGAUGGUGAACACCAAGUCCAUGCUGGAUCGUAUCCUCGACAGCAUUCUGCAGGACAUUGAGCGCAAGCAUCCACUGCGCAUGCCCAGCCCAGAGAUCUACAAGUUUGCCGUUCCCGACAGCGGGGAGAACAUCGUGUUGGAGGAGCGCGAGAGCGCUGGAGUGCCAAUGAUCAAGGGGGCCACGCUGUGCAAGCUCAUCGAGCGCCUCACCUAUCACAUAUAUGCGGACCCCACCUUUGUGCGCACCUUUCUCACGACAUAUCGCUACUUCUGCUCGCCCCAGCAGCUGCUGCAGCUGCUCAUCGAACGGUUUAACAUACCCGACCCGAGUUUGGUGUAUCAGGAUGCUGCCUUUGGCACGGGUGGCCUUGGUGGCGGCGGCGGUGGGGGCGACAAGGAGCACAAGAACUCGCAGCGCGAGGACUGGAAACGCUACCGCAAGGAGUACGUUCAGCCCGUACAAUUUCGAGUGCUCAAUGUACUACGCCACUGGGUGGACCAUCACUAUUAUGACUUUGAGAAGGAUCCCACGCUGCUCGAGAAGCUGCUACACUUUCUGGAGCAUGUGAAUGGCAAAUCGAUGCGCAAGUGGGUGGACUCCGUGCUCAAAAUUGUUCAAAGAAAGAACGAACAGGAGAAAAGCAAUAAGAAGAUUGUCUACGCCUACGGGCAUGAUCCGCCGCCCAUUGAGCAUCACAUGACUGUGCCCAAUGAGGAGAUAACACUGCUCACGCUGCACCCGCUGGAGCUGGCCCGUCAGCUCACGCUGCUGGAGUUUGAGAUGUACAAGAACGUAAAGCCCUCGGAGCUGGUGGGCUCGCCGUGGACCAAGAAGGACAAGGAGAUCAAGAGUCCCAAUCUGUUGAAGAUCAUGAAGCACACCACCAAUGUGACGCGCUGGAUAGAAAAGUCAAUAACGGAGGCGGAGAAUCACGAGGAGCGACUGGCAAUAAUGCAGCGAGCCAUCGAGGUGAUGAUGGUCAUGCUGGAGCUAAACAACUUCAAUGGCAUCCUCUCCAUAGUCGCGGCCAUGGGCACAGCGUCGGUCUAUCGUUUGCGUUGGACAUUUCAGGGCUUGCCCGAACGCUACAAAAAGUUUCUGGACGAGUGCCGGGAGCUAAGCGACGAUCAUCUCAAGAAGUAUCAGGAGCGUUUGCGCUCCAUUAAUCCGCCUUGUGUGCCCUUCUUUGGGCGCUACCUGACCAACAUCCUCCACCUGGAGGAGGGCAAUCCGGAUCUGCUGGCCAACACGGAGCUAAUAAAUUUCUCAAAGCGGCGGAAAGUGGCGGAGAUUAUCGGCGAGAUUCAGCAGUAUCAAAACCAGCCGUACUGCCUCAGCGAGGAGGCCACCAUAAGGCAAUUCUUCGAGCAGCUCGAUCCCUUCAAUGGCCUCUCGGACAAGGAAAUGUCCGACUAUCUGUACAAUGAGAGCAUGCGCAUAGAGCCGCGUGGCUGCAAGACGGUGCCCAAGUUUCCUCGCAAAUGGCCGCACAUUCCGCUCAAGUCGCCGGGCAUUAAGCCGCGUCGCCAGAAUCAGAAUAAUAACAGCAGCAAGUUAUCCAGCAACGCUUCAUCGGCAGCAGCAGCAGCGGCGGCAGCCUCGUCGGCGGCAUCAACGGUAGCCGCAGCGGCGGCAGCCACAACAGCAGCUGUGCCGCCGAACGUGGAAGGGCCGCCAGCGAGUGGCGCAUCCAUCUCCAGCGCUGGUGCUGGCGAACAGAGUCCGCAGCAUAAUCCGCACGCGUUCUCCGUGUUCGCCUCCGUCAUACUACCCGAUCGGAAUGGUAGCACUUGGAGCGGCACACCGCUGCAUCAUCGGACAGCAGCGGAGAGCAAUGAGGAGGUUGUGGUGCCGGCGCCACAUCUGCCCAAGAAGCCAGCGGCGCAUGUGUGGACCAACAAUGUGCCCAUGAUGAAUGCUACGGCAAUGGAUGUUUUCAGUCCCGUGCUGACAGAUCACCAAACGCUGCCAGACAGCAACCCCUUUGCCGUGGGCUCAGACUCAGAUGCGCUGCCCUCGCCGCUGCCCAAGCUGAUGGUUAGUCCACGCCACGAGACCGGCAAUCGGUCACCAUUCCAUGGGCGCAUGCAAUACAGUCCCACGCACAGCAUUGCCAGCACUGUGACUCUGACGGGAGCCGGAGUUGGAGCUGCAGCUGGUGGAGAUCUCAGCCCACAGAUGGGUGGAUUCUACUACAACAACGCCCAUCAGGCACAGACAGGGGCAGUGCCCAUAUCGCCGCAUGUCAAUGUACCAACGGCCUCGAUUAUGGACUAUCGAGCAGUGCCACCACCACUGCCGCCACGUCGCAAGGAGCGUACAGAGAGCUGUGCGGAUAUGGCACAGAAGCGACAGGCACCAGACGCUCCAACAUUACCCCCGCGUGAUGGCGAGCUGAGUCCUCCACCCAUACCGCCACGACUCAACCAUUCCACGGGCACCAUAUCCGUACGACACAGCCAUGGCCAGAGCAAGGAGUUGGCCAGUUCGUGCAAGAGCAGCCUGCUCCUGCCCAACACAAGCAGUAUUAUGAUACGCCGCAAUUCGGCAAUCGAGAAGCGAGCAGCAGCAGCUGCACAGCAGCCAGCACCGACUGCAGUGGCGACAGCUGCUGCCCUGGCGGGUACGGUGAUGGGUUCGAUUAACACGACUUUGGUCACAGUGUCACAGGCGGUGGCGUGUGAAGAGCAGCCGCCGCAAUCGAUCUCGCCAGCAUUAAGCUCCUCGACAACAACAUCGCCGCUUACACCCGCAACGCCCAUCUCCCCGAACAUUCCCAGCCAGCCAGUGGAGAGUACGUUAAGCGGUUAUACGCAUCAGUUACGGUUGAGGCCACAACAGCAGCAGCAACAGCACCAUACACAUCAUCAUCAUCAACAGCAGCAACAUCAUCAUCAUCAGCAGCAUCAUCAUCAGCAGCAGCAUCAUCAGCAUCAGCAUCCUCAUCAAUCACACACAACACGCUCGUCCCCAAAGGAAUUCUAUCCGAUUGCCACGAGCCUCGAGGGCACACCCAAACUUCCACCAAAACCUAGUCUAAGCGCUAACUUCUAUAACAAUACAGAUAAAGGUACGAUGUUUCUUUACCCAAGUACAAACCAAGAAUAAUAUAAUUGCCUGGCGAUGUGAUAGGAACGAUAAACAAACGGAACUGCGAUCCGAUCAUAAGUAGAGCAUGCCUGCAGACAUGCACACA